AUGGAUGUUCACUCAGCGGUUCUCCUCUUUUUCUCCCCCCUCAUUGCCGAUCCCCCCUCUUCUGUCUCAGGCCGCCUGUCACCCCUCAUCAGCGCCUCGCGCGUUUGUGCUGCCUGCUCCCGUCUUCAGGCUGGUGUCUACUUCGACGAAGAAGACCGAGCUCGCAAAGGCCAAAUUUACCUGUGGGUCUCGCUGACGCUUGUCGGACUCCUCGUCCUGGUCAUUCUGUACAUGCUCAAAAUCGGCAGUGUAAGCUCGCUCGACGCAGCCCCUCCCAAGCGCUCUUCUGCCGUGCUCCUGGCCUCCGUCUUCAGGCGUCAAGACACCUGA